GGCGCGCAGGAGGGAAUCGCGCUGGCCGGCGCGCGGCAGCCCGAAGUCUUCGGCCGGGAGGAAAGAAGGAGCCGGGUCUGGUCCGGAACGAACCGAGAACUUUCCCGGGGACCCUGGUGCGUGGCUGCGCCGCGCUCCGGCCGGAUGGUAGCGAGCCGCAGACCCGCUGUUGCAGAAAUGGGGGAAGAAAGCGAGCCCUACCAGCCAUUCCCAAGGAGCCUGCAAGCUGAACACAGGCCAUUUUCCUCCUCUCACACCAGUGGACACCAGCCUGCCUUGAUGCUGUCACCAACCCAGCCCGGAAGACCACAUCCCGGAGACCCGCCUGUCCCCCAGGCCACCUCUGGUGCAGCAAAGCUCCAACCACCUGUUGCAUUUAAUCACACAGUGGGGCACAUAAUACUUUCUGAACACAAAGAUGUCAAAUUUAAUUGCUCCAUCAACAUACCUAAUAUGUACCAAGAAACCGAAAGCGUUUCCUGGUGGAAAGAUGGGAAAGAAUUGCGUAGAGCUCAUAAUACAAUCACACAGUAUUAUCCUGAUAAUGAAGUGACGUCAAUAAUCGCAUCCUUCAGCAUAACCAGCGUGCAGCGCUCAGACAAUGGAUCGUACAUCUGUAAGAUGAAAGUGAACAAUAUCGAGAUCGUGUCUGAUCCCAUUGACAUCGAGGUACAAGGACUUCCCUACUUCACUAAGCAGCCCGAGAGCCUCAAUGUCACCAGAAACACAGCCUUCAACCUCACCUGCCAGGCUGUGGGCCCCCCUGAGCCCGUCAACAUUUUCUGGGUUCGAAAUAGCAGCCGCAUUAAUGAACAGCCCGAAAAAUCUCCCUCCGUUCUAACUGUUCGUGGUCUGACAGAGAUGGCAAUCUUCAGUUGCGAGGCCCACAAUGACAAAGGGCUGACCGUGUCCAAGGGUGUGCAGGUCAACAUCAAAGCAAUUCCCUCCCCACCGACGGAAGUCCGCGUCCACAACAGCACAGCGCACAGCAUUCUGGUCUCCUGGGUCCCUGGUUUUGAUGGCUACUCCCCAUUCAGGAACUGCAGCAUUCAGGUCAAGGAAGCUGAUCCUCUGAGUAAUGGCUCAGUCAUGAUUUUUAACACCUCUGCUUCACCACAUCUGUAUCAAAUCCAGCAGCUGCAAGCCCUGGCUAAUUACAGCAUUGGUGUGUCCUGCAUGAACGAAAUUGGCUGGUCCGCAGUAAGCCCGUGGAUUCCGGCCAGCACGACCGAGGGAGCUCCAUCAACAGCACCUUUAAACAUCACUGUGUUUCUGAACGAAUCUGCUAAUAAGGUGGACAUCAGAUGGGUGCAGCCUCCAAUUAAGCGGCAGGAUGGGGAGCUGAUGGGCUACCGGAUAGCUCACGUGUGGCAGAGUGACAGGACCUCUAAAGAACUCUCCGAAGAAGUCGGCCAGAAUGGCAGCCGGGCUCAGAUUUCUGUUCAAGUCUACAAUGCCACGUUCUCAGUGAGGAUUGCAGCUGUCACGAAAGGCGGAGUUGGGCCUUUCAGCGACCCGGUGAAGAUAUUCAUCCCUGUGCAUGGUGAGGUAGACUAUGCCCCGUCGUCAACCCCAGCGCCUGGCAGCACCGAGCCUGUGCUCAUCAUCCUCGGCUGCUUCUGUGGAUUUAUUUUGAUUGGGUUGAUUUUAUACAUUUCUCUGGCCAUCAAAAAAAGAGUGCAGGAGACAAAGUUUGGGACUGCAUUCACAGAGGAGGAUUCUGAAUUAGUUGUAAAUUAUAUAGCAAAGAAGUCCUACUGUCGGCGAGCCAUUGAACUUACCUUACAGAGCCUGGGAGUCAGUGAGGAACUGCAGAAUAAACUAGAAGAUGUUGUGAUUGACAGGAAUCUUCUAAUUCUUGGAAAAAUUCUGGGGGAAGGAGAGUUCGGGUCUGUGAUGGAAGGAAAUCUGAAGCAGCAAGACGGGACCUCUCAGAAGGUGGCAGUGAAGACCAUGAAGUUGGACAACUUCUCACAGCGGGAGAUCGAGGAGUUUCUCAGUGAGGCAGCGUGCAUGAAGGACUUCAGCCACCCUAACGUCAUCCGACUCCUAGGCGUGUGUAUAGAAAUGAGCACUCAAGGGAUCCCAAAGCCCAUGGUGAUCUUACCCUUCAUGAAGUACGGGGACCUGCACACGUACUUACUGUACUCCCGCCUGGAGACUGGACCAAAGCAUAUUCCUCUGCAGACACUGUUGAAGUUCAUGGUGGACAUUGCCCUGGGAAUGGAGUAUCUGAGCAACAGGAAUUUUCUCCAUCGGGAUUUAGCUGCUCGAAAUUGCAUGUUGCGAGAUGACAUGACUGUCUGUGUGGCCGACUUUGGCCUCUCUAAGAAGAUUUACAGCGGCGAUUACUACCGCCAAGGCCGCAUCGCGAAGAUGCCUGUGAAGUGGAUUGCCAUAGAGAGCCUCGCAGACCGAGUCUACACAAGUAAAAGUGACGUGUGGGCCUUUGGCGUGACCAUGUGGGAAAUAGCCACUCGGGGGAUGACUCCCUAUCCGGGAGUCCAGAACCAUGAGAUGUACGACUACCUUCUCCAUGGCCACAGGCUGAAGCAGCCCGAGGACUGCCUGGAUGAACUGUACGAAAUCAUGUUCUCUUGCUGGAGCACGGACCCCUUGGACCGACCCACCUUCUCCGUGCUGAGGCUGCAGCUGGAAAAGCUCAUGGAGAGUUUGCCUGACUCACAGGACAAAGCAGCCGCCAUCUACAUAAACACCCCGUUGCCAUUGCCGGAGAGCUGUGACGGCCUGGCUGAGGGCCUGGCGCUUGCUCGGCUGGACAUGAACAUCGACCCCGACUCCAUCAUUGCCUCCUGCGCCCCCGGGGCCACCGUCAGCGUGGUCAAGGCGGAGGUCCAUGAGAAUAAACCUCAGGAAGAAAGGUACAUCCUGAACGCAGGUAGUGAGGACUGGGACGACCAGGCCGCGGCUCCCUCGGGUACGGCGCCGGCGGGAAAGAGCAGUGUUUUACCAGAGGACACACUAGGACGCAGUGGUGUCUCAUGGUCCCAUUGUAGCACGCUGCCCUUGGGGAGCACAUCCCAGGAUGAAAUUUUGUUUGCUGAUGACUCCCCAGAAGAGUCAGAGGUCCUGAUGUGAGCACAGCGAAGUGAAGAUGUCCAAGACCAAGUGCAUUCUCCUGCCUUAAAAGGAUUCGUUUCUGCCUGGUGUUUUUUUGUUUGUUUGUUUGUUUUUUUCCGGUACCGAGAACCGAACUCAUGACCUUGCGCUUGCCAGGCAGGCGCUUUGCCGUUGAGCUAAAUCCCCAGCCCCUUGCCUGGUGUUUUUAUUUGAACUUCGUUUGAGGUAUGGGAGAUUGAGCCCAAAGCCUUCUUACUAAAGUGCAUGCCCAGCCUCUUUUUUUUUUUUUUUUUUUUUUUGAGAAAGGGUCUUGCUAAAUUGCCCGGGCAGUUCUCGGACCUGCAAUUCUUGUGCCUCAGCUUCCCAAGCCCCUGGGAUUACAAGUGUGUGCCACCAAGCCCAGCUGCCUACUGUUUUGAGUACAAUAUUUGUGUUCUGAACUAAGUAAACUCUAUGGCCUUAAAGCACCAGCUUGUCCAAUAAGUUUUUAAAAACAAAUAAUAGGUCUGGGGGUGUAGCUCAGUGGUAGAGCGCAUGCUUAGUAUGUACGUGGCCCUACAUUCCAUCCCUGGCACCAUAAAAAAUAAAAAUACAUAAUAUAUUUAUUUAAAGAGAAAAAAUAUAUGUAUAUGGUGGAAGAGGACAGAGAUACUGUAUUUUAAUAAAGGAUGACCUAUUUCACUUAUCUUGCAGGUCUUUAAGCUCUUCCUCAGUGCUAACAGUUGUACAAAGUUGGGUUUUUUUUUAAGUUCUUGUUCAUAGCUAUUAAAUAUAAAGAUAUUUGUAAAAUGAAAUGCCAUGUUUGACCUCGCUUCUGGUCUUCAUGAGAUGUGCCUAGGUGAAUCAUGUGCUUGAUAACAAUGGUUCAUUUAAUGUUUGAAGUUUUAUACUUAAUUAAUUUUCUGAUGACUUCCUAAUAAAAUAUGAAUGAGAACGUGUCAAACUUUCUUCCAGCUCAGAAAAGCAGUGGUCCAGCAGCCUGAGCACCUUUGCCGAGCCACUCCCUGCGUGGCUGGUUCUCACUCUGACCUUUGUCAGCGCUGCUUUUUAGAGAUGUGGAAAAACCACCCAAGGGUCUAUAGCUGAGGAAUAAACAACACCAAGGGACUGAAAAAUAUAAUCUGAUUGGAAAGAUUUGCAAUCAACUAUAGGAGAGAGUCUGACUUGGGCAGGGAAGGGGAUAGCCUGGAGCUCACACCCUGCCCUGCCGCUUCCUAACAGCUGUCAUUAGUUAAGGACUUGUCAUGUUUUGAGUAUAUUUUGUGAAUUGUCCCGUUUCAUCUGUGGGUCAUUGUACCAUGGGCAGCGGUGCUCGUGGCAUGGCUGGGCUACGAAACCGAAGCUUCCAGCCCAUAUCUAGACAUAUGGAAGAGGCCGAGAGUGGUAGUCAGAAUUUAGAACAUCUAAUGAAGCAUCUGAUUCAGCUUGCCAGCUUGUCUUUACUAGUCAGCUUGUCUUUACUAUAACCAAAUACUGAGGUGAUUAAUUUAGAAAAGGUUUAUAUGGCUCAGAAUUCAGAGACUCAAGUCCUGUUGUUUGGGCCUCCAAAAGAUGCUAACAGGUGGCAAUGUCAGUGUGAGCCUGUGUCGUGGUGAAUGCUUGUGUUACCACCCAGGAAGCAGGGAGAGGAUAGGCCAGGGUCACAUGACCCCCUGGGCACACCCCCAGCAACUGAGGACCUCUGCAAACCCCCACACUGUUCUUUGGGAGACACUCAUCCACCUUAGCAGGGGUCUCCUGCAGAGCUGCUCGACUUCUUCGUUUCAUUUAAUAAACAUAGCAGUGUCACUUGCCGUGUGCCAGUCAUAACAACUCUCCCAGGUAGGUACUACUGUUAUCCCUGCUCCACGGAUGGGCACAGUGAGGCUGGAAGAAACCAUCUUACUGUAGGACAGAGGACCAAUGCAAUCGGUUGAAGUGUUAACUUUCUAGGGCCACUGGCAUCCUCAGGACUGUGUGUUCCCACAGGGAUCACCCAUAGUUCCAUGGUUCCACAUCUACACAAGGCUCAGGGACUCAGCCUGGGUCCAGGCCUGGCUGCCUGGAGAUUGGGCCCUGGACGGGCACAGCCAGGCCAAGAUCCGAUCUCCAGGGCAGGCUUCUCCUCUGUUACUGUGAAAUAGUCCCAGGGAAAAUGUGCCCAGGCUUUGGAAAGAAUCAGCACUGUUCCAAGAAAUGCCAGCAUUAUAUUUUAUCAGUGAAAAGCACAGCAAAGAUCAUCAGCUCCUGUAAAGAUGCUUUAUACUGUCAAAAAUGUCUAAAUGGUCAUUCUAAACAUCAAUAAAACUUUUUUAUAUCA